AUGUCCGAUAAAGAUCCAGGCUGGGUUUCCCGCACCCUUGGACGCUUAUUUGGAACUGCCGAGAAGUCAUCGCCUUCAAAGCAUUCCUCGCAUAGCAAGCCAGAUGCCGCUGGGGGGCUACCGGCAGGGAACAUGUGGGGGCCCCCGGCCACAGGACCAUACCACUGCGACUUCUGGGCUGAAGAUAAAGAACAAAAGCAUGUAAAGCUGGGCGAACCGUUCUCUCUGACUAUCAGGCGGGGAAUAUAUCGCCAGCGCCAUAAAAGCAAACCGGUCACAAUCGAGGUGACCAAAGUAGAGCAGCAUGGUCGCUAUCCCGUUGAAAAUCACUAUAUCAGUGAUCCAGGACAUUUUCUACAAGGAGAGAAAGUACGGUAUUGGGACCGAGAGCAGCUUAGCCUAACAUUUGAUAAUCUUCGAAUAUCAGUGAAAGGCCAGUUUCUCAUCGAGGCGACCAUCUGGGAGACGCAAAAAUGGGCCACUGGCCUUGAUAAAGUCUAUUUUGGAACUUACUACGUGACGUGA